CCUGACGGCCGUGGAUUGAGCCUGCAAACAAGGCACAUGCCCUCAACUGGAAUCGAACCCGGGCCUUCAUUCUGUCACUCUGCCCCCGUCUUCAAUUGGUAUUUCCCUGGGCCGACCUGUGUUAUGGGUUACGGUCACGGUCAUGGCUGUGGGAGCCACUGGAUGUCUCUGCAAGACCUGAGGCCGUUAUGGGAGGGGCCCUCUUUCUUCUGUGACUUGUAUCUUCCAGAUCCUCCGUGGCUGCUGAAUUGUAACAGGAGAAAGCACUUUCCUGGGAGGUAAUGACUCUGGCCACAGCAGGAGCGGCGUGGACGGGCCCUGGCCGUCCCCUUCCUGCGACCCUUAGAGCCAGUCAUGCACAUCAGCUCUUCCUUUAACGUGGACUCAGCCACGGGUGCGCUAGACACACGUCUGCCAUCGGUUGUCCCCUCUCAGCACUUAGUGGCUUCAGCAGCAUUUUUCUGGCUUCAGGUUGUUGCCUUGGGGUGAAGGAUGAAGAGGCAUCUUCUGAGCAGAGCAUUUCUGUGGAAGUGUCACCUGUGCGUCCUGCCAAGGGAGGUUCCUCGGCCCAGAUGGCUCAGCCUUGUGACAUAUGUGGCCCCAUCUUGAAAGACAUUUUGCAUCUGGAUGACCACCAGGAAACACAUUAUGGACUGAAACCAUACACAUGUGAGGCAUGUGGGAGACAGUUCUCAUUUGGUGCAAACUUUUACCAGCACCAGAAGCAGUACAAUGUAGAGAAGCCCAUCAGGAGAGACAAAGGCAAGGCCACAUUUGCACAGGACUGUAGAGUCUGUGAAGGACCUCAUCCAUCAGAGCAGCCCUCUGUGUGUGAGGGGGAUGAGAAGGACUUCCAGGCACGUGUGGACAGUCACCAGCAAAAGGCCACCCACCGCAAGAGGAAGACAAGGAGCACUGAGAGGGGGGUGGCCUUGCACAUCGGACAGAUGCAUUACAAUUGCAACGAAUGUGGCAAGGCCUUCAGCCGCAAAGACACGCUUGUUCAGCACCAGAAAAUCCACUCUGGGGAAAGGCCUUACGAGUGCGGUGAGUGUGGGAAGGCCUUCAGCCGCAAAGCCACACUCGUGCAGCACCAGAGAAUCCACACUGGGGAGAGGCCUUUCGAGUGCAGUGAAUGUGGGAAGUCCUUUAGCCGCAAAGACAACCUCACACAGCACAAAAGAAUUCACACUGGAGAAAUGCCUUACAAGUGUGGUGAAUGUGGAAAAUACUUUAGCCAUCACUCCAAUUUAAUUGUACACCAGAGAGUUCACAAUGGAGAAAGGCCUUAUAAGUGCAAUGAUUGUGGGAAAGUUUUCAGACACAAAUCCACACUUGUUCAGCAUGAGAGCAUCCAUACUGGAGAAAAUCCUUAUGUUUGCAGUGAUUGUGGGAAGUCCUUUGGCCACAAAUACACCCUAAUUAAACACCAGAGAAUUCACACCGAGAUGAGGCCUUUUGAAUGCAUUGAAUGUGGGAAAUUCUUUAGCCGAAGCUCUGACUUUAUUGCACACCAGAGAGUUCACACGGGUGAAAGGCCUUUUGUGUGUAGCAAAUGCGGGAAAGAUUUCAUAAGAACCUCCCACCUUGUUCGGCACCAAAAAGUUCACACUGGAGAAAGGCCAUAUGAGUGCAAUGAAUGCGGGAAAGCCUAUAGCUUAAGCUCCCACCUCAUUCGGCAUCAGAAAGUUCACACUGCAGGAAGGCUGUAGGAGUGCUUUCAACACAGAAGGACUCACAUGGACAGGAACUCUGUGAUCUUCCUUUGAGAGGAAGACAUCAAUCAGAUGUUGAACUUCAUAUAUUGGAACAUUAACACUGGGGAGACACCUUGUUAGGGCAGUUAGGGGCAAUCAGGCUGGCAGGGAGGGGGGCAGUUAGGCACAUCAGGCUGGCAGGCGG